CCAAACCAAACUAUUACAAAGUCGUCAUUGCUCUCCCACUCUCCACAAUCCAUCUCUCUCCCUCUCUCUGCGUGUGUGGAGACUGCAGUGCACAGAUUCAAUACUGCAGACCCAACAAUGAAAACCUCACCAAGAAACCAUGAGAAACCAUACCCCUCUCUGCUUCCAUCCCCAACAAGUCACAGCACAACCAGCAGCAGCAGCAGCAGCAACACAAACAGCCUCACUCACGGGAUCCAGCAGAUUCAUAAUAACAAUCUAACCCCGCCGCCGCCUUCACCGAGACCCAUAACCAGAUCCGAAUCAGCCAAUCCUUACCCGACUACUUUCGUCCAGGCCGAUACCACUAACUUCAAACAUGUCGUCCAAAUGCUCACUGGUUCUUCUGAGACCGCCAAGAUUGCCAGCUCCAAACCCGCGUCUAAUACCCAACACAAAUCCGACCCGUCUCCUAGAAACCACACCCACAAUAUCCCUCCCAUCAAAUCUACACCCAAGAAGCAGCAAUCUGGGUUCAAGCUUUACGAGCGAAGAAAUUCCCUGAAAAACUUCAAUAUUAGCCCCCUUAACCCGUUCUUUAACCCGAAUAACUCUGGGUUCUCCCCCCGAAAACCCGAGAUCCUAUCUCCUAGUAUUCUUAAUUUCCCUGCUCUGGCACUCAGCCCGGUUACGCCGUUGAUACCCGACCCGUUCGACCGCUCUGGAUUUGUGAAUUAUAACUGUACUAACGCGAAUAAUGUGAAAUUAGAUGCUGAGGCAGAGGAGAAAACCAUUAAGGAGAAGGGCUUUUACUUGCAUCGGUCGCCCGCAACCACGCCGCAAGGAUCGGAGCCGAGGCUUUUGCCUCUUUUUCCGGAGACGUCUCCCAGAGUUUCAGGUUCUACUAAUUAAAAAAAUCAAGAAUAAUGUUUUAUUUUCUUUUCCUUGUAACUUUUUUAAUUUUAAAAAAAUAUUAUUGCCAUUUAUAGAGAAUUUGAGAUGGAAAAGCGAGGACAAGCCUGUAAUGUUGGAUAAUUGAGCAGAAUGAGAGAAUCUUGCUUCAAUUGUAUAGUUUGGGUUCUGAUCUUCUCUUCUAAUUCAAUUGUGGUAUUUAUCAAUGUGAUGCUAGCUUUUGUUUGGCUUGA